UCGCCGAACUUCGGUGAGCAUCUUUUGGCGCAGAGCGAGAGAGAGAGGGAGAGCGAGAGAGAUGGAGGAAGAAGACAUGCGAAGAGAAGCGGCGAUAGCUUCAUCUCCCUCUCUACAACCCAAUUUCAACUCCCCUGGGGUCACCAAGGACCAGCUCUCCAAAUUCCAAGAGCUGCAUAAGAAGCGCAUGCAAAUAAAGAAAAAGUCAGAGCAAAAGAGAUGGAAAGAUGAGACCAGGAAAUUCCAAGAAAAGCCAAAUAGCAAAAAUAGGAUUGACGAAGAUACAUCAGUUGAAGAGUCCAGUCUGUCCAACUCUAGUCUCAUUAGCAAAGAAGAUUCUUCAGUAGAGCAGCAGGAUAUGCAACAGCAGAUUACAUUUAUGAAACGGCGGAAGUUACAUUGGGGGCUUGAUGUGAAGGAGAGAUGGGAAAGGAAAUCCAACAUGUAGAGUUAUCCUUCUGGCAGAAUGCUGAUCGAAGCGAGCGUUUGCCAAAUCAUAGUCGGUCGCAUGGACAAUUAAGUGCAAGGCCGUUCAAAAAUGGUCGAGUCGCCCUUCUUUACAUGCCGUGAGGACAUCGGGAUCACCAACUGACUGCCAUAAGGCAAGUGUCCAAGUCACUCGUACGCGCAAAGUGCGAGAAGGUUUAGUCCGAGUAUUUCUCGAGCAAUCCUCCAAUCCGGGACUUGAAAAGGAUUGUUCAUUACCGACUGUACAUUGCCGAUACGGCAUUUCAUUGUUGUCGCUGAUCUAUGCCUACUAACGUCUAUUCCUUACCAAGAUUUGACUUGUAACGUGACUCAUAUUCUCAGGGGAAGAUGGAUGAAAUGGAAGAAGCCACGGAAAUUCUGUUUUCA